AUGGGAUUUUUGCUGAGCUGCCUGGAGGGAAGUAAAGAGUUAUUAAAACAUUACAAUCCACAAAUAACACAGAUAAUUGAACAUUUACAAUCCUCGAUAGGCAAGGGACUUGGCGUUUCGGGAUUUGCCGAUGUCAUUGGGAAGGUUAAGAGCGGGCUGCAGGGGUAUGAGAGUGGGAUGGAGGAGAGGAUUGCGGAGGUAAAAAAGCCUCUGCAAACGAUGCAAGAGAGUUUCAGAUAUUUAGAAACGUAUUUAACUGAUGUGAGUAAAAAGAAUCUUGCGACCCAACUUGAUCAUGUGGCAUCUCAAGCUUCCACCUAUAUGAGCAAGUCUUUCGAAUCUCUUGCUGGAAUGAAUAAAUUGGAUACAAUAUCAAAAGGUAAGUUAGAAUGUCAUGUGAAAUCCGUGUUGCAGGCUACCAAGAAUUUCAAAGAAGUUAAUGACAGCAAGCAACUGAAGAAGCAAGCGGCUGAAGUUGAUAGGCAGCUACAACACCAAAGACAGCGAAUUACAGUAGCUAUUAAUGUUGGUACGAAUCUUGUUAAACAAACCUUAAAGAAACAGUUUGAUAGUGUUAGGAGCAGCGUGCAUGACGUAAAUGAUAAUAACAGUCAGCAAUUUAAGUUACUCUAUGAUGCCGUGAAAGCUGCACAAGGAAAGGUGAACGAGUUGUUACAGAGUUUCAACGAUGUCUACGCUAAUGAGAUCACAAAACAUAUAGAUAAAUUAAGGGCAAACAUGACUAAUAUUACCAAGAACAGUGUCGCCAAAUCUAAUUUGAAAUCUGAAUUUAUGAGAGUAAUGGAGACGGUAACAGAAAUUGAAGUUGCCUAUCAGACGAAAUUACUAGAUAUCAAAAGAGACGUCGAAGCCGCUGUCAGUCAGGCGGUAAACCGACUCAAGACUGUAGAUAACGCUGUUAAAUCUGGGUUAUCUAAAGUGCGCCAAGACAUUUAUGGUAAUCUAGAGGGGUUCGUUCAGGGUUUAGUUGAAAAAGUGAAAGCGGCGGCAGCUCAAUCCAUACCGGUUAGCGAUACCUAUCCAGGUGUCAAAGCGCUUGGUAGUAAUCUGACUGAAUAUUUGCCAUUGUUUGGUCAGCAGAUUACUGACGUCGCUAUUGGUAAGAAUGAAUUUGCGCAGAAACUUGAACACUUCAUGAAUUACCUUCACAAAAUGAGCACGAGGCCGACAAUGAAUCUCGAUACUACAACACUUAUCGGGGCUCUUUCCAUUGCCAUCGACGGACAAAUAGAAAAGGUGAUAAAGGACGAAGAAGAGAUACACUUCCAACUUCAAAAAAUUAUGGAAGCAUAUCAGGAUGAGACCCAAGACCCUGCUCUGCCAAAUAAACUUAGAUCUAUGAUAGAUGAAAUCAAAACACCGGUUAAAGACAUUACUAGCUCCACAGGAGCUGUAAACACAUCUGCCAUUGAGGAUUACGACACGAGCAAACCGUUGUAUGAUGCUGCCUCUCAUGUGGUAUAUAGCGUUAUCACAUCACUUGAAGAUAUCCCUGCUUGUGUGGAUGCCGUCUUGGAGAUAUCGCAGAAUAAGAUGGCAUCUCUCGAAGAAGCAAUCGCAGCUAUCAAAAGUAGAAUUGAUAUAGUCGAACAGGCUCUUAUAUCCGCCGAAAGCACUCUGAGAGCGUAUAUCGACGCAGCUUAUCGAGCAAUAGAAACAUCGCGCCAAAAAUCCAAGCAGACCGUAGAACAUUUUCAAACCACCCUCCUCUCCACCGUCUCCUCCGCCUUCUCCUCCCUCACCCACCAAGUCCAAUCCCUCUUCGCGAAGCAGAAGCAGGCCGAGCUCGCCGCGCUGGAGAGCGUUGUCACGCAGCAGUUGAAGGAGAUUGAUAAAAUAAUUAAAGAUGAUUCUAUUAAUGGAUUGAAAGGAUUUUUAAGUGAUUUGCAAUACAGCAUUACGCAACAAUUUCCGAAUGGCUCCCUUAAUGAUUCCACAAAAUUACCAGUAGUAGCAAUAAAGCUUGUGCAAUUCUUUGAUCCACUGUUUGAGUACGUAAUUAGGCAACUAACUCCCAAGACACAGAUGCUACCAUCUACAUCCGACGCGCAGUCUACUGACCCUACCGUCACCAGGGUAAGGAGCAUCAGCACCAAGCUUAAUAAAUUACUAACUCAUCUAAUGAAUAAUAACAACAGAACGUAUAACUUUGAUUACACAUUUGAGACUAAUCUAGAUGCACUGAAACAAUCCGUACGUGCCUUAGGCGCCAGUAAAUUUGGUGAUGGAGCGCAUCCCGAUUUGCUGAACCUGAUCAAAUGCGGCAUGACCGACUUCAACACUCAGUUGGAUUAUGCUUAUGUUAGCAGAUACUCUGAAAGGACAUCGGUAGACAACAAUUCAUCGGUAUACGCCAAAAUCGGUAUGACCAUAAUUCCCAUUCUCUUGACUGAUUUCAAAGAGAUUCUGGCAAACACUGAUGACAUCGGUGAUUGGCUCAACCUCAGUUUGAAUCUCCGUGACGAUAACGCCCUUGGUAGCUUUCUACAAACUGCUGGCUACGAUGUUCCGACAAGUACUGACGUCAGCAACGGUCAUCUGAAGAACAAGCAAGACUUCUGCGGUGGAGAAAUACGUGAUAUACUGACCAAACGUGUUACGCACAAAUUAUUCAAUACAACAAAACAUACCACGUACACCGAUGGAAUGACGCUAGAGCAUGAGGAGGAAGACGGUGUGUUACAAAAACUACACGCCUUUCUCGGUCAAUACUUUAAAGCGUGCCACAUCACGCACACUAAAUCACCCAGGUCGCCAUGCAACGUAUUUCAUAUGCUCUGUUGGCUAUCUGGUCUGCAGUUUAAUUCUGUAUUUAACCCGCUUUUUGAAUCUAUAAAAGAGCUAUUUAUGGUACCCGUUGAUUCAAAUCCAAAUGAAAAAACGUUAAAGCCAAUGAACGCAUAUCCAAAAUCAUUUCUGCCUGAUGACGUUGGCUCUGCAAUUCAUCAUAUUUGCUCAUAUUCGUACGCCACUCUCACUACCAUUAUUGGAACUGGCAACGCGUUCACGAACUACGCCUCCGACAUGUGUAACAAUUCAAUGAGAUUGUAUUACCCCUCACGCGGCGAGGAAUGUUUGUAUAUGCUGUUGGACAUUCUUAGUAGAUUAUUCCCAGCACUCGAAUUUUUGAAAAAGCAGUGCGGCACCACAAGUAAGGACUACGGCUGGGCCGACUGCCACUACGGUAAAGAUGUGAUACAAUCAAACUGGCAAUGUAACAACCACCCAAUCGAGAAACCAACAAGCCAACCAACAUGCCAAGCAAAUUGCAAACCAAAGUGCCGACCAACGUCACCAUUAAUGAGCUAUUUAAAUGAUUGUCUUCCUGGUCACAUUCCGCACCAGUUGCGUUCCAUAGGUUGCAAAUAUGAAUGUAACACCUGCUCCAAAUCUAGACCCGGCAUGCCCUGCAUCACUCCGCUUGGAUUUAGGGGAUUUUCGGGGUCAAUGAAAACAGGUCAGGAGCUAUCAGAUGUUAUAAAAGAAUUCCUCAGUCAUGAGCAUAUUUCAUCCCUAUUCUGCCUUGUGCAAAAACCACCAUCUACUCUGCCGGAGCACUUUGGCUUCGCUUUGUCCUUAAUUCGUCAUUGGCAUUACGACCUGGAGUUCGGUGGCAAUGCAGUUAACAAGCCUCCUAUGCAAAUAUCAGUGGAGAAUUCCAUAGAAGAGACUUCCAUGCAAUUAUAUAAUAAUUCUGGUGACCUCACUAAGACGUAUAUCGACGCGUAUGGUUCCACUUCUGCCAGCCACGUAUUAUGCAAGCUUCCACAUCUAUCGAAUAUGACAAAUGCGGAACCAUGUCACAAAUUCCGAAAGGAAUGUGCUCCGUACCUUGCAUCUUUGUGCGAGAAUAAUUAUAAGACACUUGCCACAAAACAUUCUGGCCUCUACCUAUCAUGGGCGAUUUAUCUACCGUGGACAUUUCACAAAUAUCUCAAAUCAUUACUUGAUGAAUUCAGACAAAUAUACUGCAGAGAAUGGGGAUGCGGCAGAUGUCAAAAUGAAAAUGGAUGCAGAUCAGGUCACCAUGGAAGUUUUGAAAAUCCAUGCCACUGUAAAUCUCUAGUAUCGUGUAAAGGCGUUUCACCCACAUUGUACAAAUGUGGAUUCAUGUUCGGCAAUUUAGUAACACUUAAUCAUGGACUGUAUCCAAAGUCAUGCUAUAAUUUCCAAAAAACCCUAUCAUCUGUUAUUCAUUCCAAAUAUUUCACUGACCUAUUCGACAAGUGCGACGAUUUCCUCUUCGCCAUUCGCGCUCCCUUCAUCUGGACCACCCUUUCCCUCUGGCUCCUCUCUCUCUUGUACCUCCUCCACAUCAUGGUCAUCCGCCUCGACCUGCUCCACAUCAAAUCUCACUUGCACUCACCAUCAUCGCAUCGCAUAGCUGCUCAAUCGCUACUCGCAGCUGCACGUGUUAACAAGCUUAACAGAGUGUUUUACCUGCAACCAUAA